AUAUAUAGAUAUAUAUAUAUGGUAGACCUCGUGAACGAUCAAAUAUAACGACCCGGUGUUCCCGCGCGCUGCUGCCUUUUUGUUCUUUAUUCGAAAUUACUUAUUUGUUGACAACUUGGAACCAAGGAGCUCUUCCAGAUGAUGCUGAACAAGAUCUUUGUCAACACGUGCAAACAAAUUCGUGGAAUUAAUUAUGUUUCCGCACGUGCAUUUACGGCGAACGACUCGAACAAGAUUGAAAAAAGUUUGAAUCAAGUCACACUUCUUGGAAGAGUUGGUGGUGAACCACAGAAGCGUGGAAAUGAAGAACAUCCAGUUGUUACAUUUUCUCUUGCUACCCAUAUUAAUUAUAAAUACGAAGGAGGUGACCUUAUGCAAAAAACUGAUUGGCACAGAAUAGCUGUGUUCAAGCCAAACUUAAGGGAAAAUGUAUAUAAUUAUAUGAGAAAAGGUCAGCGUGUCAUGGUAAAUGGUAGGCUGAGCUAUGGAGAAGUCAAAGAUGAAGAUGGUAAUAUGAGGACUGCAACAUCCAUUAUAGCUGACGAUAUUAUAUUUUUCCAGUAAAUGUAUAUAUAUAUAUAUAUUCGUAUAUACUAUUAGGCAGUUUUUAAUAAACUUUUUUUAUAAAUACCGCAAAUCGUCGGGCUUCAAGUUUUUUCCAGUCUAAUAACAAUGAAAUGGUUAGGAAGGAAAAAUAAAUAAAUCACAUAUGUUCCUUCUUAAUAAGUAAAUAGGUCUAUAUUUACAACAUUCGUAUCUAUCAUUUUUCAGUAACAAUUUAUAUAAUAUAAUAAAAUGAUUCUAAA